AUGUCAGUAGCUAUGUAUGCUGAAAAGUUUGAAGACAUGGUUGCUUACUCUAGACAAGUUGCUUAUGUAGCACAUGAUAAGUGGAAGAUUGACAAGUUUCUGUUUGGUUUAAAGGGUGAAAUAUCUUAUAGUUUAGCUCAGAGAGAAUUCACUAUUUUAAAGAAAGUUCAGGAAGAAAGAGAUCAGUAUAGGGUUAGUCAAAAGGACCCGGGAAGACAAAGUCAUCAGUUUAGGCCUAGACCUCGACCUUUUAAAGGAAAGCCAAUGCAAAAUAUAGGAUCUACCCCUCCUCCUAUUUAUCGUAAGUGUAAUAAGAAUCAUUAUGGAAGUUGUGUCGUCGGAGGAAUGAGAUGUUAUCAAUGCCAAGGGAUGGGUCAUAUGGCUAGGGUUUAUCCUCAAAAUAGGACUCUGAUUCAUGGAAAGAGUAUCGGUCUGGUUUAUAAUUUGGAUGCAAGGAAGGCUAAGGGUAACAAUGCUUUGAUUGCUGAAACACACUAUUUUGUAUUGAUUCAAUGUAUGAAGCGUCUUAGUUUGCAAGCAAUUCGUUUAUAUCCUCCUAUGGUGGUUACUACCACCAUGGAUGAUGUUGUUGAGACACCAUUGAUUUUUGAAAAUUGUUCGCUGUCAGUAAAUGAGAAGUUAAUUAGCAUUCCAUCAAGUGAAGCUACUCCAAAGGAUGUAUUAACUAAUAUUUUGGAAGGUAUUGUUGGCAUGGUUAAUUUCUUGUUCGAGAAGGAAAAAUUUGUUCUCUUGGUUCUCACCAAGGAAUUAAGUGACGAUCUGAAGGUUGCACAAAUUCCUGUAGUUUGUGAAUUUCCAGAAGUUUUCCCCGAGGAUGUCACUUCUCUUCCUCCUGAAAGGGAAGUGGAGUUCUCUAUUGAUAUGAUACCUGGGACGACCCCAAUCUCCAUUUCUCUGUAUCGUAUGCCACCACUCGAGCUGAGAGAGUUAAAUAAUCAAUUGGAAGGGUUGUUAACCAAGCAUUUCAUUCGACCUAGUGUCUCACCAUGA